AUGAGUAAAGAAACUGGGAGCAUAGCCGAAAAAGACUGGAGUAAACUUGAGCCAAACUAUGCCAUUAAAAUUUUCCUGUCAGUCCUCUAUAGCUUCAUGCUGGUGACUGGUAUUGUGGGUAAUUCAGUUACCAUCAGAGUAACUCAACUGCUGAAGCGCAAUGGUUACUUGCAGAAGAAUGUGACUGACCACAUGGUUAGCCUUGCAUGCUCUGACCUAAUGGUGCUCCUUAUUGGCAUGCCAGUGGAGCUCUACAGUGCCAUCUGGUUCCCCUUCACAUCUGCAUCAGGUAACAUUUCUUGCAAGAUCUACAACUUCCUGUUUGAGGCUUGCAGUUAUGCCACCAUCCUCAAUGUUGCCACACUUAGCUUUGAGCGCUAUGUUGCCAUCUGCCACCCUUUCCGCUUCAAAACCUUGAUUGGAAAACGAACCUCUACCCUCAUCACCUUUGCUUGGCUGGUAUCAGUGUUGAUAGCCCUACCACAGCUGAUCGCUACAGGCACAGAGGGAUACAUACCCCACCAACUAGCCGCUCCCGUCCAGAAUCUGACCUUCUGCACCAAUCUGAGAGAGCACUGGGUGAUGUACAGGGUCAGUUUAUUUGGAGCUUUCAUCAUCUACAUGAUUGUGUUGAUCUGUGUGGCCUUCAUGUGCCACGCAAUGAUACUGAUUCUUCAGAAACCUUUGGAUAAAGGCAUAAAUGAAACUCAAAGGGGAUGCAAGCAUGAAAGUGUAAAAGCCAAGACAGCAAGGAAGCAGACUAUAAUUUUUCUGGGUCUGAUUGUGGGAUCCUUGAUGGAGCUACAUUAUCCUUCACCCUGUGGCAGACACCUUCUUCUACCUCAGCUCUGUCGUAAACCCACUCCUCUACAACCUCUCCUCCAGACAGUUCAGGGAGGUGUUUCUCCAGGUGCUGCGGUGCCACCUCACAAUCGAACACAUCAAUAA